AAUGAACAGAAACAAGCAAAAGUGUCUUGGCGUGUGUCAGAACUCAGUCGAGUUCAGACAAUAGUCGGGGUGCUGAAUGAUAUGCUAUCUGCAUAUCAACCUUCUUCGUCCGUAGAAGAAAAGGAGACCCUGAAGCAACUGUAUAAUUCCUGUCUUGAACUGAGACCUGGUCUCCAACGUAUCGCUGAGCAAACCGACGACGGAGAGAAGGACGCCUUUGUGAACAUUGUGAAUGUGAGUGAAGAGUUGGACGCUGUAAUUCAAGAUUACGAAUUCGUGGUUGACGGGAAAGGAUCACCCUCGAAGAGACGAAAAUCAGGAACAUCGGAAGCUGCAUGUUUGCUUGAUCUGGACAUGCUGAAUUUAUCCCCCGAAGGGAAAGAAGCUGGAAAUAAGCAAGGCAAUCAAUCCCAGUUGUUGGAGGAAGUCUUCGGUUCGUCCGUUGAGCUUGAGAAGAUAAAUGGAUCUGGUUCCAGCAGCCAUCCUGAUUAUUUACAUCUGUGGGAUUUUGCUUCGAAAGAUUCUCCUGCUGCCCCUCAGUUGAUGCCACAGGUUUCAUCCGCUAGUAAAACUUCUUGGGAGGCCAAACCAGCGAUAAAAUCAUCACCUGCUCCCGUUGAUCAAAAAUCUUCAUCGUCAGUCUUUGAGGAUAUCGAGAAAAUGGCGAGGGAUCGUUUAUCCGUGAACAAUAUCACGACGAAGGUAAAACCAUCUCGGGACGAGAAAGUUGAAGUCGGUUCGGGUGAUACGAGUGCUAAAAUAACGCCACAUCGAGUGGUUGUGGAAGACACGCGAGAACUCGAGGCUGAAGAGAUUAAGGCGGGAAAACCUGUUGUUGAUGCCACGAGCGUUGUCAAUCUAAAUGAAAUUUCCCUGUCAUUGGACGACGUCAUUCCAGCGCGGGCCGGGACCUGGCCCGACCUGAGCGUCGCGGUGCUCACGUUUGCCAAUAAGUCCAAGUCCCGGGUCUCGGACUAUGUUUUCAAGGCGGUCGUGACGCCCAAGACGGUGCCUGUGCGAGUGUUGCCGCCGGAUGACGGUUUGACUGGACUGCCGCCGUGCAGGCCCUUUGUACCGCCGCCCAUGCUCACGCAACUCUUGCUGGCUUCCAACCCCAAAAAGGUACCUUUGUCGUUGAAGUUCGUAGUGUGUUACACGAAGAACGAUGACGAAUUGGAAUCGGAACGGGGGGCCGGUCCGAUGGCGUUGUUCGGAAGCGUGAGGAGUGCCUUUAGGUACCAACAAAGUUCCCUGAUUUUGCGGGAAACCGUUCUGGAUAGUUUCCUGUGGUCCAAAAGCUUUACAUCCAUGAGCAGAGUGCCGUAUGCUGCAGCAUUGUUCAGCAUGAUGGAGCAAACUGAUGAGGCACUUCCUGGUGCCUUCGGACGAGAUCUUGGCGAUUCAAGGAAGAAGACACAUGGGUUCGCUAACCAGCGAAGCGAAGCCGCUGAACAAGGUCCGAUGGCGUUGUUCGGAAGCGUGAGGAGUGCCUUUAGGUACCAACAAAGUUCCCUGAUUUUGCGGGAAACCGUUCUGGAUAGUUUCCUGUGGUCCAAAAGCUUUACAUCCAUGAGCAGAGUGCCGUAUGCUGCAGCAUUGUUCAGCAUGAUGGAGCAAAGUGAUCCUGCAGCUACUCCGGAGCAAGCCGAGGUUUGGAAGAACCCCGAGGCUCGCCCUGUUGUUGUUCUUGUGAGCUGGUUGUUGGCGAAAGCCAAACAUAUUCAGAAACAUGCGGAAAUUUAUCUGAAGCAAGGAUUUGACGUGAUCACGCUCGAGAUCAAGCCAUAUCACAUGCUCUUUCCGGAAAAAGGUGCUCAGCCAUUGGCAGAAGAGUUGUUGGAUUACCUCGUGGAUCACACGGGACGAAGGCCGUUGUUUUUGCACGGUUUCUCUGUUGGAGCGUAUUUCCACGGAGAGCUGCUGAACAAAAUGCGAGGGAAUUCCGACAAGUAUUCCGGAAUUGAAAGGAGAAUCCGUGGGCAAGUUUGGGAUUCCAUUGUGGACUACGAUCACAUCCCGAUCGGAUUCCCGAAAGCCGUCAGCAACAACAUGUUCUUGCAGCGUGCACUCGAAGUUUACAUCAGGUGUCAUAUGAAAGCAUUGAGUGCCGCAGCAACGAAACAUUACGUCAAGUCGAGCCGCGCGUUCCAGGAAUCGCCGAUUCCUGUGCCUGCGUUGUUCUUUGCAUCCCAUGCCGACCCUGUCGGGGUUGCUUACAAGAUCGCAGGCUGUGCUGAAAAGUGGAGUUCCUUUCACGGCAUUCCAACUUACGUGAAAGUUUGGAAAGAAAGCAAACACGUGAGCCACUACCACAUGCACCCGAAGGAAUACCAGGCUGAGUUGGCGGCGUUUUUGGACCACUUGGGAUUCCUGCCGAGGCCGGAACAAGUAGCUUCUUUCCACCAGGACAAACUUCCGACGGAAGUUUCCAAGAGCAACGGGAAACGCGACGCUCAAAAGUAGACUAUCCACAAUUUCAUCAUCUUUUCCUUUUUCCGUGCUGACGGUAUAUUCUUGUUGGUUUCUGUUGCUUUAUUUUAUUUUUUCCAGCAUCGAAAAAUUGAUACCGGCGAUUAAGUUUUAAAAGCGACGAGUCGGCGGCUUUCGGUUUUAUCCCGGUUGCUUGCGCGAUUUUCGUUGAAAUUCGUGAGAUGAUUUGUGCACCCGGAAUCGUAACGUUGGUGGAUUUCAAUUUCGAGGUGAACUGUGAUUUGAAGCGAAAAAUAUUCAAGAUGGGUUCUUUUUAUUUUGAGUUGUCGUGAUUAAGGAUGGACUGAAAGGAUAGCACGAGAUCUCAGAGGAUGGACAGCGGUGUUCUUGACCGGAGAGAAGGAAAAAUUCAUGAACGUGGACAGAGAAUUCGCUAAUCAUUCUACCUUGACUUCGCAUUCUUUUUGUGUUUAUGUAAUCACUUCUUUAUUUCCUGUCUGUUGUAGGAAAUUUUCCGCUUUCAAAAUCCUGGGAGUACAGUACAGUAUUUUAUGUGAAUAUAUUUUCAGAGGCAUCUAUUCAUUGCCUGGAUCUUUCUGCCGUUGAGGUUUGACGUUGCUCUGAAUGACUACCUGAUUUAAUUUUGCGGGCUAUAAAACUUCAUUUUUUCUGUUUAGUAGAGAAGGAUGCAUGAUUCGUGAGCCCUUUUUUUCAGGGAGGAGGCUAUCUUUUAUUCAGUUCGACAGUGUGAUAGUGAUUGCUCGUAUGAAGAAAGUUUUUUUUUCGUUUUGUCCGUUUAUUGUUGCGAGAAAAAAAUGUAACCAAACAGCCGCACCGUUGUAUUUUCUUGUGUUCGGAAAUCUUCUUUACCAUUGGGAACGAUCAAAAAAUCGGAAUCGAUCGCUUGACGCUUGUUCAAAGUAAAACAAAACCAGUUAUCGUGGGAUGGGAAAGAUUUUUCGUUGUACUUUUUCCCUGCUUGUA